AUGAAUUUUGUUACCUUUGAGAAGGUGUACAGCCUGUAUCCAAAUGCUACCUUUGGACAUCAAGUCUCUCUAUUGCAACCUUCUGCCAACCUCAAGCGCGCGCAAAAAUUUCUUGCAAAAUAUCAUUCCCGUGGCUUGAAAUAUGUUCUUUCCAUUCCAUCGCAAACUUUGAAAAUGGACCGCCAUAUCCAAAGCAGGAUACAGUCUAUCAGGGACAACGUAAAUGUUGGGUAUAGUUCAUCUCGUGGUCAUGUUCUCGUUGUGCUGGAUUACGAUCCUUAUCCAGAGUUGUUCUCUUCUGGGAUUAGAUGGGUUGGCAACAGGCAUUGUUGGGUUUAUUCUUUGCCUCUUUUACCCAAAGCAAAUCAGACUUCCUUUGUUGAAGCCAAUUUGUGGGCAUUGUUGCUCAAUGAAUUUGAUUAUUUGCAUUUUGGUGUCCGUCGCAUCAGCGGUAUCGCAUUAGAUUUUCACUACACAGCGGCAAAUGUUUACCAAUUACACAAGUGUGUCAAAAAAGCUAUCAAAUCCUGGGAAAGGGAUGAGCGUGGGAAUAUCCUGCGUACAGUGUACGCAGAAUAUUCCCACGGUCAACCUCUCCCGAUAUUCAGCCGAGUGUGGGAAUAUUCUGCGUACAGUGUAUGCAGGAUUCUCCCAUGGGGUGCCAACUAA